AUGUUGCCGCUCACCAACAUGCUUUCUCGUCCCAAAGGUCCCCUCGAGCUUACGGGUAAGGCACUGACUGCUUUUGAGAGAAUCAAGAAUUCCCUUGUUGAUGCCACCUUACUCAUACAUCCCGCUCCCGAAACUCAGCUGUCUCUGAUGGUAGAUGCUUCGACCGUAGCCGUAGGUUCAGUCCUUCAACAACACCUUGAUGGUUCGACUCAACCACUUGCCUUUUUCUCCAAAAAGCUCUUACCAGCUGAAACACGCUACAGUACCUUUGGCCGUGAACUACUUGCCAUUUACCUGACUGUGAAAUAUUUCCGACAUUCCCUUGAAGGUCGUGACUUCACCGUUUUCACUGACCACAAACCGUUGACGUUUGCACUUCGUUCACACACUGAAAAACUAAACCCCCGGGAUAUCCGCCAACUGGACUACAUCUCCCAGUUUACCUCAGAUAUCCGCCACAUCGACGGGUCACGCAAUGAGGUGGCUGACGCACUGUCCAGGCCUCCCAUUGCUCAUCUUCAGCUUUCACCCAGGAUAGACCUCGCUGAGAUGGCCGCUGAACAACGCCGUGUCGGUCCACCCUGUGAUGAGGAUGUUUCCGGACUCCAUUUUCAGGAACUAUCACUGACAACUGGCAACGGCAUCAUCUUAUGCGACGUAUCCACCCCUUUCCAUCGUCCAUUUGUGCCACCAUCUCUCCGCCGCAAAGUUUUCUCCUCCCUGCACAAUCUGUCUCACCCUGGGAGUCGAGCAACCGACAAGCUGGUUUCCGACCGCUUCGUAUGCCUGGUAUGCACAUGGACCUCAAGGCAUGGACACGGGCUUGUAUCGCCUGUCAACGGAGCAUGA